AUGUGGAAGCAUGCCAACGUAAGGAAAAUCGUUAUUCACAUCGGCCAAAAAGAAGAAGACAAACCUGAUUCAAGCGCCGCCCAGAAGAAAAAAAAGGAACCAUCGGCCAAAACUAAAGAAAAUCGUCUAAGUGGAGGGCCAUUCAUCCGAUCAAUCGAGUUUACGUGCGAAGACGGGGGCAAGCCGGAGACACAUGGUAGCGAGACAGGACUGGACACGAAGAACUUUCUAACUAUCGAAUUAGAUAAUGGUGAGUACCUGACUUCCAUAUCCGGGUAUUAUACAGACCACAUAUCCGGGCGUUAUAGAGACUUCGGCAUUACAUCUCUCACGUUUCGGACUAACAAACGAAUGGCCAUAACUAUUGGUGAAGAAAAGGGAAUCUACUUCUCAUCUCCCGCAAUGGCCGGCAAAAUUACUGAAUUUUACGGGUACAUUGAUGAACAUCAAAAUCUUUGUGGAAUUGGAGCAUAUUUUGAACCGAUCUCAGAUCAACGGCAAUUCGGAGCUUGGGACGAUGGGAAAUUCGACGGUGUGAGGGAAAUUUACCUACCGGACAAACACACGAUCCGUUCCUUUACUUUCGUGUAUGACAACGGUAGGGGAGAAGAUCGCAAAGUCACGCACCCCGCAGGAUUCUCCCCCAAGAAUACAGCUUUGAAGGCCACCAUCCUCUAG